AUACACAUAUAAACACACACACACAGAUACAUCCCUGCACACACAUGCCCACGCACACACAGACACACACACACACAUCUGCACAGCACAGAUCUCCAAAGACAGACUUUACAUGUUGGGUGUCUGUAAGAGGAGAAGAAGUGGAAUAAUAUUGCUGACAGACAUUCACAGGAAAGAUUUACUGGUGCACCACUGACUGAGUACAGAGUGCAGAGUAGAGAGUACAGAGUACAGUGUAGUGCAGUGUAGUGCAGCGCUGAGUACAACAGUAGAGUACAUAGUAGAGUGGAAAGACAGAGACGAAGGUGACGACGGCGGCGGUGAUGAUGAUGGGGUCAUGGUGGGGUUGUAUGUACCGGUAGAGUGCAGUGGGGAAAGAGAAAAAGACAGAGAGAAAGAGGGAGAGAGGGGAGAGAGGAAGAGAUAGGAAGAGAUACAUGUAUAUAUACAUAUAUGUGUGUAUAUAUAUAUAUAUAAAUAUAUAAAUAUAUGUAUAUAGUAAGAAGGUGUGAGAAAGAGAGAGAAGACAGCAAGAUGCAAGAUGGAACCAAAUCACUGAAGUAAACUCCAGGUUUCUUUGAUUCGUCGUUAAUUCGCCAUGAAGAUGUAUAAAGGUGUGUUGCAGUGGCUUGCACUGUCCUUUUUCUACCAUGAAUGUCGGGCUGUCGACCUCAUUUACCACAUAGAAGAAGAAAAAAGCCCUAAUAGUUAUGUCGGUAAUAUCGCUUCAGACUCCAAGUUGUUAGAGAGUAUUCCAAGCGAAGAACAUAAUCUGGUGAGGUUCCACCAAUUACACCAGAGACAGACAGGAAAUGAUAAUCUUUUUACUGUUUCUAAAACUGGAGAGCUCUACACUGCCCAGAAACUUGAUGCUGAGUUACUUUGUACAUCAAAUACGGAAUGUUUCCGGAUAAUCAAAAUAUCAGUUCGUAGAGUACAGACAUUUAUGAAAAUCUUAAAAAUCAAAGUAGUUAUUGAAGAUGUCAAUGACAAUUCCCCAGAAUUCUUGAAAAAAAGUGUAAAACUAGAUUUUUCAGAAGGAGAUGCCAUGGGCUUAACAAAAUCAAUUCCGAAUGCCAUUGAUAAAGAUGUUGGCGAUCUAAAUUCAAAGAUUAUUUAUGAACUUCAAAGAAAAAUCAAUGAUCCAUUUAAAUUGUCAGUUACGAAAAGGAUGACUGGAAGUUCAAAGUUGGGGUUAAUCCUUACAGAGAGACUUGAUAGGGAGAGAAAAGCUAGUUACACACUUCAAGUUAUUGCCAGAGAUGGUGGCAAUCCAAUGAGACAGGGUAUUCUUCACAUCCAAGUUUCAGUUACAGAUUUGAAUGACAAUUCUCCCCUCUUCACCCAAAAUACAUUUAACAUUUCAAUAAAGAACACACAUCAUAGAAAUACACCCAUUUUAAUUCUUUCAGCAAAGGAUUUAGAUUUUGGAAAUAAUGGAAAGAUCUCCUACCAUUUUAGUCCAGAAACAUCAACUGCUGCCACACAACAUUUCUAUCUAAAUGCUGAAACUGGCGGCAUCUUUGUAGUGAAGAAUUUUACUUCAAGACAAACACAAACGUACAAACUCUAUGUUGAAGCUAAAGAUGGUGGAAGCUCCCCACUGACGUCUAUUGCCAUGAUUUUGGUCAAUGUUGUUGACCAGCAGAACCAUCCUCCAGAGAUAGAUAUUAACUUUGUCACUGAAUUGACAAAGAAUACAGCUUCAAUAUCUGAAGGGAUCAAAGUUGGCAGUUUCAUAGCUUAUGUCAGUGUUAUUGACAAUGAUAUUGGACAGAACGGUGAGGUGGAAUGUAGCCUACACCAUGAUAAAUUCCUUCUUUUAGAUUUAGGAUCAAAUGAAUAUAAAAUUACGUUAAAGAAAUCUGUUGACAGAGAGAAACAAGAUAGGUAUGACAUAACAAUUUCUUGCGAAGACAAAGGGUCCCCUCCUUUACAGACUCAGAGACAGUUCUCCAUUGAAGUGAUGGAUGUCAACGAUGUCCAGCCACAGUUUACAAGAGAGACAUUCAAAUUCCUGACUUACGAAAAUGAGAAACCCAAUUUCCCAGUUGGUUUUAUUGAUGCAACUGACCCAGACAUUGGCCUGGGAGGGACACUCGUAUAUUCCUUGUUUAGUAACACAGGAAACAAUUUACCAUUUAUUAUUGCUGAUUACGGUUUCAUCUCUACAAACAGACCGUUAGAUCGUGAAAAACAGGAAGCAUUUAGAUUCAAGGUUUUUGUCAGAGACAGUGGCGACCCUUCCUUAAAUAACACAGCCAAUGUGAUUGUCGAAGUUCUUGAUGAAAACGAUAAUGCCCCUUACUUUACAUUCCCUAGUGUUAAUCCUUUUAGUCUUGAUGUUCAUUAUUAUCCUCAGAGCAAGAACGACAUCACAGUUCUGAAGGCUUCUGAUAGAGACAGCCGCGAAAAUGCCUUCUUAAAGUAUGAAAUACUUGACGGCAAUACUAAACAACUGUUUAAAAUAAACCCUUACACAGGAGUAAUGUCCUUUUCACGGACAGUUUAUCAAAACGAUGCCGGGUCUUAUAAACUUCUGUUGGCUGUGAAAGACAACGGUACGCCAGCAUUGUCUUCAACAACCACUCUUUCUUUGACAUUAACUGUUAGUAAUAAAACCUCAACAAAACUGAACUCUGCUCAUCUCCCGUCGGACAAUACCGUCGAUGCCACCAUGUUGAUAAUCAUUGUCGUAGCAGCUGUGAUAGUGUCUAUAGUUGUUGUGGUAUCUGUUACAUUGUGUAUUGUGAGAUGUAACAACGAGCAAAGUAACCAGGCAAGACCUGGAGUUAGCACGGCCAUCCCUUGUAAUCGUGAAAAAAGUCACUAUACAACACAGACGAAGAAAACCAUUCCAGCGCCUCGGCACUCAGUGGAGAUGCGCAACAGGAAUAUUCUGUUGAUGGAAUCCAACAACGAGUUUUAUCCACAGUACGAGUCCCAAAAUGACUGGAUAAUACCUUCCACAGAAAGGAAGUCUCCUUCAACAUUAUUGCUGACCGACCGAAUUCCAAGAUCUGAAAUAUACUCUAUGAAAGCGGCUUGACCAAAGGAUAUAUAUAUACAUGUCUCACAAACAAGAACACUAAAAAUGAACCUGACCUCUCAAAAAUUAAGUAAAAAUAAAACAGUAAAAAUAAUCCAGAAUCCAUGUCUGGUACCGGAUCGAUCCUAAAAUCUAAUCAGUUCAUACCAGUCAUGAGGCCAAACAUCCCUGAAAAUUUCAUCUGAAUCCAUCCAGCAGUUCUUGAGAUAUCUUGUCCAUGGACAAACAAACAAACACGACUGAAAACAAUAAUAAUAAUAAUAAUAAUUGAUGCCCGGAUGCAGUACCAGGCAGUGGCUCUCAUGGCUUCUCAUCUUAACUGACUGGAAGUGUUAUCAUCUACAUUGUUUUGUUUUUGUAUAAAAGAUGGGCUGCAGCAAAUAUUCUGCUCAAUAUCACAGAUUUACUUGUCAGUUGUUUGACUUUAACCAGUUGAGCAUGUCCCUUGGUGGCUGACGAUAUGUGCAUCUCUGAUCAGGAGCAGAAGUAGUGGGGGAGUAUCAUGGCCAUGUGUUGAGAGGAACUCUUUGGGGUUUGAAUAAUUCACCUCUGGAAACAUGGGUGUUUCGUUCAACAUCCUUAAACAACCCUUAUUCAGGGACCUUUUGAGCGGGAUGGGCUACUCGACCUGAAUAAAAUUCUAACUAGACCCCACUGCAAGGUCAUGCACUGUUUAUCUUGAUAUGAGAUCACCAUGUGGCGCACAUGUGGUUGUGAUGCAUGUGCUUGGUGUACCCUUAGUACUUAGGUAGUCAUGAUGGGUAU